AUGGCCAAUUUCCAGUCCACCGCCUCUGUUCCCCAGGGAUUCUCCGUUUACCAGCCUAUGCUCGGUGCCCCUCUGCAGUUCUUCCCUGCUCUCGGAACCAAGCAUCUCGAUGAUUUGAUGGACGCUUACUUCCCUGGCCCCGCCUCUAUCAAGGAGAAGCGCGCUACCAUCUCUCUCGACUUCCUCGACCACAUCCAGAGGACCGGCGAGACCUUCAAGUUCUACGCCGUCGCUGGUCUUGUUGCCUCUCCCGAGUCUCCUGCUAGUGUCUCCACCUCCUCUCUCAAUGUCAGCCCGGUCACCUCAAAUUGGGACUGGAGUUCCAUCAAUGGUUCGUCCACCCCUCAGACCUCUCGCAAGGCUAGCACCGCUUCCUCGCGUCAACAGCAGCCCGCUGGUGACUUCUCCCACAUGCCUGGGAUGAAGAUCAUGACUAAGGAAGGUGUUGAUGUGACCAACUCUGCUUCCCGCGGUUCCAAGACCAAGGAGCAGCGCGAUCAUGCUCAUCUGAUGCGCAUUAUCAAGGCCUGCGACAGCUGCCGAAAGAAGAAGGUCAGAUGCGACCCCAGUCAUAAGAAGCGUGGUGGUGCCUCGCCGGUGGCUGCUCCAUCCACCGCCAAGGUGGUGAAGAAGACCAAGGUGACGCGACAGGAGCCAACUGUGGCCAAGGCCCUCCCAAUGGCCAUGGAAUCAGUGCCACCACCUGCACCUUCAAUAGACUUCGACUUCUCUCUUACAUCUGACCUUGACACAUUCAUGCCCCUCGACUUUGCCCAGCAACAGCCUUGGGAAGACCUAAUCCAAUACCCUGUUGAGGAGCUCGACGAGAACUACGACUUCUUCUUCGACCCAGAGGGAUACAUCUCAUCCGGGUCCGCCAGUUUCUCUACCCCCGAAUCGCAACCAAUCCGCCACUCUAUUUCGCCAAACUCGAUCCACGAGGACGUCGUUUCUGGCCUUCAGGAAGCAUCUGCUGGCACCGAUUACUUCGGUGUUAAUCAACAUGCAGUGAAUGCUAUCCCGGCGGGCGACUUCAACAUUCCUGUCGACGCCGACUACACCGAUUUCAACCUAUUCUCACCUCAGUCUACCUUCUCAGAGGAUGAUCGCAUGCUCUCAGUUGCAUCAACGACACCCUCUAGUUCAUCAGGUGAAAACACCGAAGGCGAUCUUGGACGUUACAGAGCUCCUACGCAAUCACCAUUAAUAUAUGGUGGCGAUGGCUUCGAUGAUGUACAUGGCACGAUUCACCUGCCAAGUGAGGCAGAACAAUUGGUAGUCGGCGAUGGCCAGGAUCACAAUAGGCUACUAUGUCCCUCAAUCGAUCAAGGAGCGCUGUAUUAUAGGACGUCAGAUCAUCUGAAUGCAUCUGCGAUCCAUUCUGCGUCUGCCGAUUUGACGGUACGCGAUGGCCACACGAUAUCAUCUAGCCGAUCUGAGCAAGAAGCAUAUGCGACAAGCCUCCACAGUGUAUCAUUUGCCGACAGCAUUCACUCGACUGGAUCCGAGAUUCUCUCUACACCCGAGCUGAGCGACAGCGAAUCACCUCUUUGUAGCAGCCGUGGCUCUCAAUCACCCUCAGUGGCUGGCCUUGACGAAUCUGCAUUCACUGGCGUUGACUCCGUUGUUGAGUCACGAGAAAUAACGAACCUAGAAGCCGUGUCGAGGCGUAGGAACAUUCUACAAGAAGCAGCAUAUGCUGGCGAUCAACAUAUUGUUGGCGAUGAUCAACAUGCGACAAUGGUAUGGCAACUGUUCACCCAGAAGACUGGCGCACAAUUGGGACUAACAGGACUGAAGGAUGCGGUCUUCGCAAUUCGGGAACAAUCGCGCACGGCAACGCCGCACGACAAUUCUCACUCCUCCGUUGAUCUGCUGCAUAGGCAACAGCUACAGCACUUAAUCGCAGUAGAAGCAAAUGCGAACGGUCUCAAAUCCGCCGCCGCCACCGCUCAAGCUGGCCGUGCCGACCGAUCCACCGGCCAGUCGUCUGUUCCUCUGCCAUCAGUUUUACUUCACCAGCGCCACGGCCUUGUUCGAAGUAAGCUGCCGAGUCCCCCACUGUCUUCAGAUCCACGGGCCACGAUAGCAUUCUACGGCCUAGCGCUGCUUGUGGUCCAGGCUGCUUCAGCGUGGAACUUGAUGAUUGCGAUGGCAAUCGCCUGCGUGGUAGCAGCUUCGGGUCUCGGCCAAAGAUGGUCGUCGACCAACUUGACGAAACACAAAGCUCUGAAGGCAUCUCAAAGCCUUCUGUCGACCGUCACUCGCGAGGUGAAUGCCUCACGAUUAACGAAUACGUACAUGCACAAGCGUGUACCGCUACUUGGACGCCAAUUGGUCCAGGCUUUCUAA